AUGGACUCAUUACGUACAUCACCAGUUUCGAUAAAGUUAAGUCCCUUUAUUGAUCGAUAUGUUCAAAAUGUAAACAAUGAAUCACCUAUUCCUAAUAAAAAAACAUUAUUACCAUUAUCUCCAUCGAAGAUGAAUUUAGCAUAUAGUCCACCAGUGACGCCAAUGAAGACAAAAUCAUCGAACUUUGCAUCUCCUUUACAAUUUAGUUCUUACGAUGAUAAGGAAAAUUCAAAAUCAUUGAGCAGAAGUCCAGUUUUAAAGAACCUGCAUGAAUCUGCUAUAAUCCAUUCUCCAGACCAAACAUCCAGAAAGACUAUUUCAACCCUAGAAGCAGUAGAUUUAACAGCCUAUUCUAGAACUGAAAUCAAGUAUUAUGAAUUUCUUUGUAGAGUAGCUGAAGAGAAAAGAUGGAUAGAAAAUUUAAUCGGUGAAACACUUCCAUCAGAGAUUGAACUUUGUUCUGGCGAUUCCUUAAGAAAUGGUGUUUAUUUGGCACAAGUAACACAGGUUAUAAAUCCCCAAUUAGCCCCAUCUAUUUUUCCAGCUGGUAUGAAACUACAAUUCAAACAUACACAAAAUAUUAAUACUUUUUUAUCGUUAGUCGAUCAUGUUGGCGUUCCAGACUCCUUCAGAUUUGAAUUGCAAGAUCUCUAUAAUAAAAAAGAUAUGCCACAAGUUAUUGAGACCAUACAUAUUUUGAUAACGAUGAUAAAUAGGAAGUGGCCCGGUAAGACAUCAGAUAUUGAAAAUUUAUCUGGUAAAAUACAUUUUUCAAAGGAAGAACUAAGAAAAUGUCAAAGAGAAUGGCCAAGAAUCAGGGACUUUAAAUCAUUGGCUUCGACCCAGAUUUCUCCGUCAAAAGACAAAUCAAAUAACUUGUCUAGUCCAGGUUUAAUACAAGACUUUUCAAAAUUUGAUCAUUUGCAAAACAAUAGCACUUUAUCUCCACCUGUUACACCUACGAAGAGUAGAAUAUCACCGCAAUUAAAAACACCAGUGGAUAGUACUAGAGAAGAUAUUAAAGAAGUAACUAAAAUACAGAAUUUACGACAACCAGAAAGUUCAAAAUUACCUAUGGCAGAGCAUAACUCAAAUAACAAAUAUCUUUCUCCAACAUUCAAAUCUACUGAUUUGAAUACACCUCGAUUGCAAUAUAGUCCCUUGAAAAACACAAGUCUUUCGUAUUAUUCUCCAACCAUUUCCAAUUAUUUGACAUAUGAUUCUGAUUUUUAUCUUAGGAGAAGUCAAAACAGGGCUACUGAGUUGCAGUAUUAUGACAAUUAUGGCUCCAACUAUCCACAAUACUCUCCAAAGAGAAAGCAAAAAAUGACAGAACAUGAAUUUUUAGACCAAGUUAUACAGAUUCAAAAUCACUGUAGAGCUGUGAAUAUGAGAUUUGAUUUGUUUAUGCAAGACAGAUUAUUGAAAUUGUUUGAAAGUAAUAUUUUGUCCUUCCAAGUUCAUGCAAAAGGUGCAAUUCUAAGGCGUGCAUUUAACAUUUCAUGUAGGAAAGACCUAAAACCAGAAGUUGAAGAUUGUAUUUUGACUCUACAAUCCAUUAUAAAAGGUAACAAGAUGAGGUAUACAUAUGACAAACUAAGGAUAAAAUGUAUGAGAAAUGAGUAUAUGAUCACAAAACUGCAAGUUAUGGUCAAAAGCUUCCAAAUCAGGAUUAAAACGAAAACGCAAUUGCAAGAUAUAUCCAUUAUAGGAAAUCAUCUGAUACUCUUUCAAUCUCAACUUCGGGGACUACAGGUAAGAAAUGAACUCUUUGGGUCAAAAUUUAACAAUUAUCACAGGCUCAAAAGUUUAGUUAAACUCCAAGCAUUCAUGAGAGGUAAAUCAACUAGGCGUAAUAUAAAGAUUACAAAAAAAAAAAUAGAUGUUUUAGAUGUGCAUAAACUGCAAAGUAUUUUAAAGGCCUCAACUAAACGUCAACAAUUAGGGAAAUUAAUCAAAACUCUAUUUUUAAAUGAGGGGAGUAUCAAUCAGCUUUCAGCUGUCAUGAUGGGAAACCAUGUCCGUAAAUCAUUGCAUUUAAUACAUUCUAAGGAGAUGAGUGAAGGUUCAGAAAUUUCUAAAAUUCAAGGUGUUGUCCGUGGUAUACUUGUCAGAUAUACAUUGGAUUUAGUCGAUAGCAUUAUUGAAGACAAUAAAAUUAAUGAAUUUCAGGCCUUUUGUAAAGGUGCACAAGUUCGUUCAAAGCAAAGUAAUAGGGAGACUAUCUUUAUUAAAAAUGAAAAGUCCAUCAUCAAAAUUCAAAGUUCUGUUAGAAAGCACUUACAGAGUAUGGCAUACCAAGAAUUAAUGGAUUCCCCUAACCCAUCAUUAUGGGCAGUUAAGAAAUUCACAUAUUUAUUAAAUGGUUGUGGUACUAUUGAAGGGGUCCAGAAUUCUCUGGAAACAUGUCAAGCAUCCCUAGACGCUGAAAAUCUGAGGAAACAUAAUACCCAAGGAUUGUUAAGGGAACAACUUGAGAUGUUCGAAAUUCUUGAAAGUUAUGGCUUGAAUGGAUCACUGCCCAAGACAGAUUUUCUAAGUGAUUUAAAUGUUGCCAGUUCCAAAUAUUCUAACUUUGAGGAUUUAUUAUAUCUGUUACAGGUGAAUCCAUCUUAUUGGAAAAUAAUGUAUAAGCAAAAUCCAGAAUUUGUUGAAAAUAAUGUUUACCUGACUUUCACUACACUUAAUAAGAAGAUGGGAGAUAGAGAAAAGACAUAUUAUAUUAGACUACUUUCUGAAGUUCUUCAAUUCUCCAUUUCAAACUAUAAAACUAUUUCUGAUUUCCUAAUUAGCUAUGAUCAGGGUUGGGAAAAGCAAUUGAGAUUAUUCCUACAAAGAGAAUAUAGUGAAACAGUAUCUCUAAUUAUGCCUUUGAUAGAAUUUGUCGAUAACCCUAGAACAGAUUUCGAAAGAAAUCCUUAUCAUCUUUAUGAGAAGUUGCAUCAUUGUCAAGUUCCAAAUGGUAUAUCCCCAAUAGAUGACCCUGGUGUGAAAAAUGCAUUUAUUAGCAAUCUAAAAAAUAUCUGGCACUCUGUUGAACUGGUUGCUGAUAUUUAUACUAGACAGUUUGAGAAUAUUCCUGUUGAAGUAAGGUUCCUAUGUACUAAAAUAUUUGGUUUCGCAGCUGAUAAAAAUGCGGAUGAGGUAGACUCUAUAAGAUCUGUAUCAAAGGUAUUGAUUGACUGUUUCAUUGGUGAAUACCUUGAAAAUUUGCAGCAUUAUGGUUUUACUCAUCACAGUGAAACACAAACAAAAGCAAAGGUUGAAACAGUUUUAGGUGCAGUUCGAACUGUUUUCGAAAUGAGAAAAUUUGAGGGGUAUCUUGAUCCACUGAAUCAAUAUGCAGAAGAAAUAAAACCACACAUUAAGAAUAUUAUGUACAAUGUAAUGCUUGAACCCGAAUAUGAACAACAAGGGGACAGAUUAAUCUAUAAAGACAUGGUUUCAAAACCUCCUCGUCUUGAAAUCCUGGCAGAAAAAGCAAAGGAAAUAUAUGAGAAAUUUAUUGAACAUAGCAACUCAUUUCCAGAUAAAGACAUAAUCCAGGAUAUUUUAAAAGUAGACUCAAAUUGGAAGUCCUUCCCUAAAUCUGGGCGUAUUUAUCUCCAAUUAAAUGCAUCGGUCUAUAGGUUCUUAGUUUCUGAUGACCAAAUGAGGAAAUUGUACGAUCAAGUGAAACGAGCAAUAAUUUAUAUGACACAAAUUGAAGAGGUGGAUACAAAUUUGUAUGAUCUUGUUGUUAGCAAUGUUCUUCCAAAAGAUGAGCCAUUGUUUAAGAAGUUUCUAGAUCAAAAUAGAAUUAUCCAAAGAGAUCCAUUAAUUAAAAAUUUGGAUCCAUGUACCUAUUUUAAGUUGAAAAAUUUUACGCUAAAGAAAAUCCAUGAUCUUGAAAGUGCAGCUGUAAUGAGUAGUACAGAUAACAAACUCCAGAAUUUGUUAAAUGAUAUUGCCAAUACUAUUAAAAAUCCAAACUACGCGAUUGAUUAUGUUACGCAAGAGUUAGGUACUACACGUAUUACAUUAAAGCAGCUCUCUCAAAUGAAUCAGGAUGAUAAUCAAAAACUAAACGGCUUAAAACAAGCAGUUCAAAAUGUUAUUCGAAGCUCUCAAAAAUCACACAAUUAUUUACCUGCCACUAAAGGAACUUUUGGAAAUUUGAAGAACGCUUACAAGAAUCUUCAACAUAAAAGUGGUACAGAAUUGAGCGGUUUGAAAUUUAAGUGGACAACGAGACAAUUGUAUGAGAGAGGUGUAGUCACAUCAAUUGACAGUGAAAAAUUAGGUGAACAAACAAUUAAGGUAUUUGGUUCAAGUGGUCCAAAAUUUCCUGAUAUUUUGUUUAAGAUGUCAACCUCAGACGGUGCCAGAUAUGGAAUUCAAAUGAUUGAUAAGAGAAAAUCAACAGAAAAUAAGCACAGUGAAGUCGUGGAUUCGUUUACAUUUGUUGCCUUAAUUAAGAGUCAAGCAGGUGAAAAGGUGAAGAACUGGAAUAUUUUGAAUUCCAAAGUAACUGUGGAUACUUCGAAACUAUUGAAAUUGGUAGUUGACACAUUCCUUUCUUAA